AAGAACUUCAAUCAAAGAAAAAAUUUUCCACAAACAAAUUUUUGUAGCGUUCUUUUUGUCAUACUUACAUUUUAUAUGUGAAAAAUUGUAUGCAUAAAGAAAAUUAAAUACCGCUAUUCUACAUUUAAAUAAAAAAUACAAAAUUCAAUUUGCAAAAAAUUGUAAAAAUUUUAAAAUAUGGAGGAUGACGAGAGGCAAAAUUUAAAUUUGAAUGAAAUAUGGCGAGCUUGCCGCAAAAUUCAAGCAACGAUUUUCCGUUAUGGCUUCGACAUUUGCGCCGAUUUCAUGGAGCAUGAUCCAAAUUGCACCGGCUUAAUAUCAAAUUCGCUCUUCACCAGCAUUUUGGGCAAGUAUAAAAAUGUUGCGGGACUUUCCGAGUUCGAGCUGCGUGAGGUGACGGAUUACUUUCGUCUGCGCGAUGGCCGUAUAGCCUACAAGCAAUUCUGCAAAGUGGUUUGCCAAGAACCUGCGUCGACCAACAAAAAGGAUUUGGCCACCGGACUGGAAUGGAACGAUCCAAUGCAUAUUAAUGUUAUACCAAGACCUGAAGAUCGACGUCGGCUAUGUCUAAUUCUAAUAAAAAUUGCGCAAUUUAGCAAUUUGCCACUGUUUCCGUAUUUCCAAGAUUAUGAAAUAGUCUCACAGAAUGUGGGUGUUGUGACCGUCGCACAUUUUUCACGGGUUCUACACUUCAUGAAGAUUCCCAUCUCCGAUGAUGACUUUCUGCUUUUGCUCAAACGUUAUAUCAAGGAUUCGUAUACUGUGAACUAUGUUGCCUUCAUAAGGCACAUACAAAAUAUUUUAGAUUAUUUAAAACAAAAUAAUCUGCUCGACGACGCAAUGAAAAUCAUCAAAGACUUUCCCGGUCGUUUGGUUGAUCUCGAACUCUCCGAGUUGCCCGCAAUUAACGGUACUAAAGUGGCAUUCAAAAUAUUCCCUGAUCUUUGCAAUCACCCAAAGGAGUAUAAAGAUGUGUGCGACCUCAUAUUCUGCAUACAAAACUUCAUACAUAAGCGCCGCAUAAGAGUGAAGGAAUUCUUGGAGUGCUUCGAUCACCUUCGCACGGGCACAAUAACUAAAAAUCAGUUUGAACGCGCCCUAGACAAUGUCGGGGUGCGUAAGUAUCUCUCGCAACGCGAUAUGAGAAUGCUGUUUACACGCUAUAUAGAUCCGAUCGAUACCAAUCGCAUUAUGUGGCGCUUGUUUGAGGACGAAAUCGAUAAAGUGUUCACUAUCAAGCAUCUGGAGAAAACGCCUUUGCUGGAAGUGCAAUCGCCACCGGACUACAUAAAGCAUAUGCCCAGAGAUGGCGCUUUAGACUGGGACCACGCCGAGGAGGUUAUGCGCAAUUAUUGCGAGGAAGCUUUGCAACGCAUACAAAUGCGCAUACGUAAUCGGCGCUUGCACCUGCAUCCGUUCUUCCGAAACUACGACAAACUAAACCGAGGACAUGUCGGCUGUAAUCAAGCAAAUCAAGUGUUUCUCACUAACGGCAUUUUGCUUUCUAAUAAUGAGCUUAAUGCACUGCUGGCACGCUAUGGAAACGAGUUGGGAUUCAAUUACACGAAAUUCCUCGAACAUGCCGACCCCGCCGAGUACGCUGUACCUAAGCUGAAACCACAUCCAGAGGCACUCAAGACAGAAUGCCCUGCAACAAGCAAGAGUGUCGGCGACAACUACACCGAGGAAUAUAUCAUCAAACUGCUGUCGAAUAUUAAACGACAGGCAAUAACGCGCAGCAUCAAUAUUAUCGACUUCCUGCAGGAUUACGAUCGUCAUCGUGAGGGUGACAUACUCGAGAUUGACUUCAAGCGCGGCUUAGACAACGCACUUAUAGCGCUAACAGCUGAUGAAUCGAACGCGAUUAGCAAUAUCUUCCGCUCACCGAAGCGCGCUUGCUGUGUGCUUUAUCGUGACUUCUGUCGCGCGCUAGACGAAAUCUUCAUUGAAAUCGAAACCUCCAUGGGCGACAAAGAGGUGACCGCUGUACCCCUGAUACACUUGGCCAAUCUGGACUGUUUCGAUUGCUUCCUCAAUUUCGAAGAGCGCACGCUGUGCUCGCAAGCGCUCAUGAAGUUGGCACGUAAGCCCGACGAAAUCUCGAAUUUGAAACAGGUCUUCCAGGACUUUGAUCGCGAGAACUGCAGCACCAUAACACGCAACCAGUUGAUGCGUGCGCUAACUGUGCGCGAUAUGCACAACAUCGUGAGCAGUCGCGAGCUGGACGCGGUCUACAAAUGCUUCGGCUUACAACGCGGUCUACGCUUGGAGUUCAAAUAUCGCGAGUUCCUCAAUAUGCUGGACAUUCUAUUCCAAACGGGGCAGGUCAAGCGCAAUUAUUAGAAAACAAGCGCUAUUAUUACAAAAACGAAAAAAAUCUAGAACUCUUAGAUGUGUGUGUGAAUUUUCGUUUGUUGGUAUGUGCUAAUGCUGAGUCUCAUAUCUAUGUCAAAUAUGUUUAGCCGCAUGUUAAACCACUCUGAGAAAAUAAAUGUUUUCGAAAUAACGACUUACUCAGGUGUUUGAAUUUCAAAUACAUACAUGCGUACUUAUGCCACGAAAUGAAACACCGACAAUUUGUUAUUUUGUACAUUGAGUUUUUCUUUUAUAAUAAUAUAUCUUUUUAUUCAAGGUUGUAAUUUUUGUUGCAAUUAGUUAUUUGCCGUUCCUGUUUUAUAAUUAACUUGUAUUUGUUGUAUUUGUAUUUGUUUUUUGUUUUCUGAUUGAAUAAGAUAGAGUACAUACAUAUAGAUCUAUGAAUAAACAUUAUCAUUACAGUGUUAGCAAUUUAACAAGUCAUGUAAUAACUAUUUAAAUUCAGUUGGUACUCGUAUGCUCUCACUCCACACAUACACACAUCUUUUAUACGCGUAUUUGUAUUGUAUUGAAAUUUGUUUUUGUUUUUGUUUUUUCGUUUUUUUUCAUUUCAUUUAGUACAGUAAAAUAAUUAUUUUUUAUUUCUUAUUAUUAUUAACCAACUCUCCUUCCUUUCAAAGUCUACAAAUUGUCCAUCCUUUAUGCGCAUUGCUAAAGUACAAAGUAUGUAGCCUGCCAUAACCCAACUGAAAUCGCUCGAAAUCCAUGUGUAUGGACACAUAUCCACACCAUAGUCUCUAAUCGCAAUGGCUUAAAGGAAGGAAAUUCCAUCAGUUUAUUUAAUUAUUUUUAUGUACUGUAAUUGCAAUGUGCUCACAUUAAAACUAUUUUGGUCGCAUAUACAAAAUCCGUUAGUAUUAGCCCUUACUUGCCGCCGACGCCCAACAGUGUUUUUUUAAUUACAUUCACUCCUGUUUUAAUUAUUCUCUUAGAUCUUUAUUAAAAUAUAUAAAUUCUUUUAUGAUGUUAUUGCUGUUCUGUGUUUUAUAUAAUAUAUAUAUAUAUAUACUACGAGAAUAAAUAUAUAUAUAUUUAUGUAUUUAUAUGUAUUGUAUUAUGUGGAUAUGCAUGUAACUGCUGUAACUGUACAUACAUAAUUUGUCUUUAGUUGAAUUAUAUUUAAGUCGAAUAUUUUGGUGGAUUUGUUGUUGUUGUGUGUGUGUUUUUUUUAUUCCUUUGCUAUGAAUGCUGACUUCAUUUGUUGUACUAGUUGUGAUGGUUGCAAUCUUCUCACCACACACUAGAACACUCACUCUACUCUCUUCACAGUACUCAUUACUCAUUGCAUAUUUGAAGCAUAACUUGAUAUCAGUUUAUUUUGUUGCUGUUUGCCAUUCUUUCAGUUAUACGCUUAUUUUUAGACAUUAGUAGUAAGUAUAGAUAAGUAUAAAAAAUAGUACAUAACGCACGUUAUGUAUACUAGCAAAAAGAUAAACGCUAUCAAGGGACAAUGUGACAGCUUUAUUACGAAUUGAGCGACAAUUUGAUGUAUGUGUAUGUAGAGAUGAAGUGUGCAAGCAAAUGCCGCCAACUGUACGUGUGUACAUAUGUAUAUGUAUCUACGUGCAGUGGGGCAUAUUGUGUGCACACGGUUUAUAUGGAUGUGUGUGUGGAUGGGAUGCGUGGGUAAGGAAAAAAUAGCAUUUUAAAAUAGGGCUGAGUUGAUAAUUACAAAUUGCUAACUGAUAACAUACCACAACUACUACUUAGAGCAUAAAAAAUUACCAUUUUAAAGUAAGUAUAUUAGGUAACAUAAGAUUAAGUGUAAUAUAUAUGAUCUAAAACUACUGAAAAGUACUGCUAAUAAACUAUUGAUUGCUGAAUUGUUGUUAAGUUGACACUGCACUGAAUGCAACGCUGAAUUAGUAGACUUUUUUGCUUGCACUUCGGGGUAAAAAAUAAAAGGCCGGUGUAUUUUUCAUUGGCUGUUGGCUUUGGACACACACACACAUGCGAACUUAAUUGGAUGUCGAUUGUUUAAACCGUGCCGAUAACAGAUGAGAUUUGUGAUACGAUUUCUGAGCAAUUUUGCUCGAAUGGGAUGUUGUCAGCACUGCUUUUCUGCGGAGUGGUGUUUAUUUCAGGUGGUGUGUGUGCGUGGGACAUGUUAAAUAUAACGC